UAUGACUGCAUUAACUACCGCAUUGAAUAGAACAGCAAACCAGAGCUGAUGUGCGAGCACAGUGACAAUGUGAACAAAGCUGCGAUGUUUAUUAUGUGAUAUGCGUACGUUGCUAACAGGUGCUUGGAGUUUAGCGAUACCAGUUGCGGGAACAUUAACGAUCAACUUCCGGUUAUUUGAAUGUGAAGAAUACAAAUGUUUUGAUGUCUGGUGCGUUCGUAAUAUGUAUAAUAAAGACAUGUUAGAUGGACACGUGCCACCCGUUUGAAUGUUUUGUAUGAUUUUGUGAUACAGACUUAAACAUACACUGUAUACAGGACAAAGAUCAAGGAUGACGAUUGUUGAAAAGGUCAACAGUGCCACUCAAAAACAACAACCUGUUGAAAAAACCUCUGAAAUUAAAGUGACAAGCUCCAGUGAGAAACAAAUGGAAGGCCAGUCCUCGGGGAAAGAUGUUGUUAAGGAUAAAGAUGACAAAAAUAAAUCUGCUAAUAACGUCAAUACCGGCCCCGUUAAAGACAUAAGGGUUUUAAAUCUUACAAAGAAAAUAUUUUCAUCCUUUCCUAUCAAAAGUGAGGAGCAAGAUUCAAAAGACCCAACAGACGUUUGUCCAGACAAGGGCAGUGGGUCAGUAGAAAAUAAGGACACAGAAGUUAUGUUGUAUAUUUCUCCCGAGGGGGACUUAUACAGUGCCAGCCAAUUAGAAAAACAUGAGGAAGACAUAGACAAAAAAUCAUUGUUAAAAGAAGAUGGUGUCGUUUAUUUUAUAAAACCUUUGAAAGAUGAGGAACUUUGUGAUCUUAUUUUGGAAUAUUUAGAUUUAAUCAAACAGGAACCAAAAGGUUUAUUUACUUUAGACAUUGCUGGAAGUUUAAUGAGGACAGGUAAUAAACAGGAUGUUAAAUCAGAACCACAGAGUAUGUACUUGAUGAGUGAAGCCGUUGAUCAGAGUACUUCAAGCACAUCACAGCAAGGGGAAGUAAUUGUGAAAGGGGAACCAGAAGAAUAUGAAGAAAUGGAAGAAAUGGAAGAAGAUGAGGAUGAUAUUGAGCAGCUGCAGAGCUUACAGAGUGGUGCAGGUUUAACUGGGCAGUUGAGAGUCAAAGUAUUGCAGUCUCUGUAUAACAAAUCUAGAUUCCAGAAAAAAACAACAGCACCAACAGAGAAGACUGAAACACCUAAGCCACGUGGAAGAAAGACUAGAAUAUCUAAGGCAUCAGCAGGAAAGACUGACAGCCAUGAGAACCCAUCAAGUACUUUAGAAGUGAGAAGUAUAAAACUGAAAGCAGGACGAAAGAGGAAAACUAAUAAGUUAAUUGUUGACCACCUCACUGGUCUGUCCAUUAUUCAAAUGAAAAUGAACAUGCAGAUAACAAAUGAUAUUGUAAAUAAGAAUUCACAAGUUGAACCCAGUACAAAGAAGUCAAGAAAAGACAUCACAGACACCUUACUGACAUCACCAGGAAAAGGUUUUCAGUCUGAUAAAUUGUCAAAGAUUUAUGACAGUUGUUUGGUAACUAGUACUUCCCAAGAUUCCGACGACGAACUGGAAGAUUUAGGUUUGCAGGAAUUGCCUGAUAAUGCACCAAGAUAUGCCACACACUAUGAUGACAAUAUGGAGCCGAUAGAAGCUUUACACAAGCACAUGGAUCCGGAAUUAUGGAAGAAGUGCUAUAUAUAAACUUCUUGAUAAAGACAAAAAAUAUGGCAGCUUUUAACUUUUGACUGUACAUAAAUUGUAAAAUAGCUUAUAUAAAUCUUGUAGAUAAGAAAUUUAGUAAAAAUUUGCAUAUCAUAUCAUAUAAUGUAACAAUUUAAACUUAUUUUGUGUUUUAAAAGAAAAUUUCAAUGUAACCUUUAAUUUCCUUUUCCCUUU